AUGGCUUCCUUCGACUAUGUUGUGCGCGAUCUCCUGCUGCAUGAGCGCAGCAGUUUUCUCGAUGUCCUUCAUAUCUACGACGACAAGAAGGACUACCUGCCACCAGAGUACCGAAAAGAGCAUCUCCGUGCUGUCGUCUAUGCGAAAUUAUUGGGAUGGGUGACCCUCGACCGUUUCGUGCUCAACUGGAAGGAGAAGGUAGCACAGGUGAGCCAAAUGAUUUGCGAUCAUUUUGUCGCCAAUCCGGCUACAUUCGUUUGCAUGGGCUUCCGCGGCCGCAAGGGAAAGAAGGAUGUUCGCAUCUUGACUUCCAACAUCUAUGAGGUUCUGCGGGUUGGGCGCAAGCUCACAUUGCUGGGCAUGUGCAGCUUAGUGAUCUUUAAGGAGCCGAAUGUUUGUUCUCUUCCGAUGGGACGGCCAGCAAAGUUCCUGGUCUCCAUGAGUCUCAACAAAGCCGCAUCCAAAGCAUUUCUUGAUGCAUUGCGACUGUCGAAGCCAGGAGAUGAGAUCCACUUGAUCUACGUGACCUUUUUCACGGAGGAUCAAGACUCAGACCACGUGAAGAUCUUACGUGACCGUUACAGCCACUUUUUCGAGGGCCUGGGCGAUGGAGAUCAUCACGUGCUGCAGAAGUUUUUUGACCGUCACAUCGAGUUUCACAUCGUUCCACAGCACAAGGGCGAGCUGAUACCGCAGACUGUUGCAGGUUUCGCAGAAAGUAUCGAAGCUGACUUUGUCGUGGUCGGCACAAAUGCGCUUCGUGUGGACCGCGGAAAGGAGCCGCUAGGCUCCGCGUCCCUGCAGAUUUGCAUGGAAGCCCAUUGCACCUGGUUUGCAAAUGCUUCUAGCUGUACACUGCCUACCACAUUCAGCAGUGGUCUUGAACCUAGAGUGAAUGGCACCAGGUGCUGA